GUCCUGUGUGGGAAGAGGUAUAUAAGGAGCCAGACGCAUUGCCGGAGUCACAUCGCCCUGUUCCGUCUCACCAAUCCUGCAGAGAUGAAGUACUUGGUGUUUGUGGUGUUGGUGGCUGCCGCUUGCGCUUCUGAGGUGGAGAAGCGAGAGGCGGAGCCAAGUCGUGGCUACAGCAAUGGUUACGGUCUUCACCACCGCACCUACUACCACCCCUACCACAAGAGGUCGGCUGAGCCUGAGGCCGAAGCCAAGCCUUCAUACCGAGGUUACUACCGUCCCUAUUCCUACGGCUAUCACAACACUCCCUAUGUCCACCACCAUUACAAGAGGUCCGCCGAAGCUGAGGCCGAAGCAGAGCCCACUUACGGCUCGUCCAACUACUACCGCCCACACCCCUACAUUCCUCCCGUCUACCGUCACCACAAGAGAUCUGCUGACCCCGUUGCUGAGGCUGAAGCCAGUUACGGCUACAGGUCAUACCAUCCCGUGCACUAUCACUCCUACCAAUACACCCCCUAUACUCACAGCCACUACAAGAGAUCUGCCGAGCCAGAAGCUGAUCCUGAUUUCCUUUAUGGCCACCACCACCCGUCCCAUAGCGGAGUUCACUAUGGUUACGGUUACCGCGCUCACCACCACUAAUCUAUUGGAGUUAAUAUGACCUGAAUGUAUCUAAGAGAGGUUUAUUUUGAAAAUUCAUAUUGAAAUAAAAUCAAUAUAAAUAUAUUUUGUUUAUGAUUUAAAAAUCCUAAUAAGAAAAUGGAACAUGUUAGCGAAAGUCAAUUAUAUAAACAACCAAAUGACACAAUAGGGAACUAUGACAGUCAGAAAUUUAAUCACAACUAGGUAAUUCUAUUUAAGUGUAUUUUACUUGAUAUUGUUUUUUUUCCUUUUCUUUUUAA